AUGCUGUUCUAUCUGUACGUGAUAUUCAACGGCCGGGAUAACAAAGUCCAUCUUGAGGCACUUCGAUACCCCCUUCUGCCACUUCGGCAACAUGCAGUGGACAGAGCUGGCCGCCAAUGGAGUGGCAAUAUAAUUACGCUGAAAGGAGCACUCAUUAGACUUACUGAGCGCUGGGAGCAGUUGAAGAGCAAUCCGGAGAAGAACGCGUGCCCGGUUAUUUUCGAUAAAGAGGAAAGUGAGGAAUUAUAUCGUGUUGAAGAGGACUGGUUUAAGGCGACGAUAUUACUCGAGCAUUGGCGGUCUCUUUUGGACGACCUAGGAGAAGAUGGAUGGGUCAGGCAUGAAGCAUACGAAGCAGUCAUGGAGACGAACAAGGAGCUCAAGGCGGAGUGGCUAGCUGAAGCAGAAGAUGAGGACGAUUUCAAGUCAGUAGACCUGUUCUGGCCAUUCCAGGAUCACGAAGAAAUCGAUUAG